GUCACGGCGCCCACUGCCCCCACCACCGGCGGAACUGCCUGCUACUACGGAGGAGGUCGCACACAACGCGGAGCCAGCCGGGGCACACGAGCCCCGCGAGCUAUGCCCCACGACACGAUGGAGCUCAUCACGUUCAAGGUAACCGGCGUCGUGCAGGGCGUCAGCUUCCGGUACUACACGCAGCGCGAGGCACUGAGCCUCGGAUUACGCGGAUGGUGCCAUAAUCACCCCGACGAGAGCGUCGAGGGCGUCGCCGUCGGGGACAAGGACGAGAUCGCGCAGUUCACAAAAUACCUCCACCGCGGCCCCAAGUACGCGCAGGUCGCGCACGUCGAUGUCGUCAAGGUCGCCCAGCCGAGCGAGGCGCAGAUCGCUGAGGCUAUGGGCGAGGGGAGUGGCGACAGGCAGUUUGAGAUCCGGCGAUGGAGGGGGUAGCGGGUGUCGUCAUGCGGUGUGCCAGAUCGAUCGAGGUGAUGCAUGUUAGAUCGUUGUCAAUUCCGCG